AAUAAAGCUCAGCCCUCAGGUCUUUACCAAUGUCACAAGCAGGGCAGGCUUGAAAACUGACAGUUUUAUCCUGAUUUUUCUUUCAGUUGCCCUGGAAACAACAACAACAACAGCGGCCCUGGAAAUAACAACAAUGACAGCACCAUGGACUACAGCAACAACAACACCAUCAUGGACCACUGCAACCUCAUGUCGUUACAACUGUGGCAGUUACCUGGGAAACUGCUCCUGCUCAUACAAUUGCCAAUACUAUGGCAAUUGUUGUUCUGACUAUAACUAUUACUGCCCAUCAACCACAGCACCCUCAUGUCGUAACAACUGUGGCAGUUACCUGGGAAACUGCUCCUGCUCAUACAACUGUCAUUACUAUGGCAACUGUUGUUCUGACUACACCAAUUACUGCCCAUCAACCACAGCACCCUCAUGUCGUUACAACUGUGGCAGUAACCUGGGAAGCUGCUCCUGCUCAUCCUCUUGUCAAUAUAAUGGCGACUGUUGCUCUGACUACACCUAUUACUGCUCAUCAACCACAGCACCCUCAUGUCGUAACAACUGUGGCAGUGACCUGGGAAACUGCUCCUGCUUAUACAAUUGUCAAUACUAUGACAACUGUUGCUCUGACUACACCAAUUACUGCCCAUCAACCACAGCACCCUCAUGUCGUUACAACUGUGGCAGUUACCUGGGAAACUGCUCCUGCUCAUACAAUUGUCAAAAAAAUGGCGAAUGUUGCUCUGACUACAUCUAUUAUUGCCCAUCAACCACAACACCCUCAUGUCGUUACAACUGUGGCAGUUACCUGGGAAACUGCUCCUGUUCAGACAGCUGUCAAUACUCUGGCAACUGUUGCUCUGACUACACCUAUUACUGCUCAUCAACCACAGCACCUUCAUGUCACAACAAGUGUGGCACUAACCUGGGAAACUGCUCCUGCUUGUACAAUUGUCAAUACUAUGGCAACUGUUGCCCUGACUACACCAAUUACUGCUCAUCAGCCCCAGCACCCUCAUGUCGUUACAACUGUGGCAGGGACCUGGGAAGCUGCUCCUGCUCACAUGAUUGUCAAUACUAUGGCAACUGUUGCUUUGACUUCACCUAUUACUGCCCAUCAACCACAGCACCUUCAUGUCACAACAAGUGUGGCACUAACCUGGGAAACUGCUCCUGCUUGUACAAUUGUCAAUACUAUGGCAACUGUUGCCCUGACUACACCAAUUACUGCCCAUCAACCACAGGACCCUCAUGUCGUAACAACUGUGGCAGAGACCUGGGAAGCUGCUCCUGCUCAAACAAUUGUCAAGACUAUGGCAAUUGUUGCUCUGACUACACCAAUUACUGCCCAUCAACCACAGCACCCUCAUGUCUUAACAACUGUGGCAGUUACCUGGGAACCUGCUCCUGCUCAUACAAUUGUCAAUACUAUGGCGACUGUUGCCCUCACGUCACCAAUCACUGCCCAUCAACCACAGGACCCUCAUGUCGUUACAACUGUGGCAGUUACCUGGGAAACUGCUCCUGCUCACCCUCUUGUCAGUUCUAUGGCGACUGUUGCUCUGACUACACCAGUUACUGUCCCACAGCCCCAGCACCCUCAUGCAGUUACAACUGUGGCAAAGACCUGGGAAUCUGCUCCUGCUCGGACAGUUGUGAAUACAAUGGCACCUGUUGCUCUGACUACACCUAUUACUGCCCAUCAACAACAGCGCCCUCAUGUCGUCACAACUGUGGCAAUUACCUGGGAAACUGCUCCUGCUCACCCUCUUGUCAGUUCUAUGGCGACUGUUGCUCUGACUACACCAGUUACUGUCCCACAGCCCCAGUGCCCCCGACAGGAACUACAGCAACCUCAUGUCAACACAACUGUGGCAGUUACCUGGGAAACUGCUCCUGCUUAUACAAUUGUCAAUACUAUGGCAACUGUUGCUCUGACUACACCAAGUACUGCGUACAAGCCCCAGCAACCUCAUGUCAAUACAACUGUGGCAGAGACCUGGGAAACUGCUCCUGCUCAUCCUCUUGUCAAUACUAUGACAACUGUUGCUCUGACUACACUAAUUACUGCCCAACAAACAUAGGACGCUCAUGUCGUUACGACUGUGGCAGUUACCGGGGAAGCUGUUCCUGCGCAUCCUCUUGUCAAGACUAUGGCGACUGUUGCUUUGACUACACCAAUUACUGCUCAUCAACCACAGGACCCUCAUGUCAAGACAGCUGUGGCAGUUACCUGGGAAACUGCUCCUGCUUGUACAAUUGUGAAUUCUAUGGCGACUGUUGCUCUGACUACAAACAUUACUGCCCAUCAACCACAGCACCCUCAUGUCGUAACAACUGUGGCAGUUUCCUGGGAAGCUGCUCCUGUUCAGACAAUUGUCAAUACUAUGGCAACUGUUGCUAUGACUACACCAAUUACUGCUCAUCGACCACAGCACCCUCAUGUCGUAAUAACUGUGGCAGUUACCUGGGACACUGCUCCUGUUCAGACAGUUGUCAAUACUAUGGCGACUGUUGCUCUGACUACACCAAUUACUGCUCAUCAACCACUACAGGACCCUCAUGUCAACACAACUGUGGCAGUUAUCUGGGACACUGCUCCUGUUCAGACAGUUGUCAAUACUAUGGCGACUGUUGCUCUGACUACACCAAUUACUGCGUACAAGCCCCAGCACCCUCAUGUCGUUACAACUGUGGCAGUAACCUGGGAACCUGCUCCUGUUCAGACAGUUGUCAAUACUCUGGCAACUGUUGCUCUGACUACACCAAUUACUGUGUACAAGCCCCAGCAACCUCAUGUCAUAACAACUGUGGCAGAGACCUGGGAAACUGCUCCUGCUCAUCUUCUUGUCAAUCCUCGGGCAACUGUUGCUCUGACUACACCCAUUUCUGCUCAUCAACCACUACAGGAUCCUCAUGUCAACACAACUGUGGCAGUUUCCUGGGAAGCUGCUCCUGCUUAUACAAUUGUCAAUAUUCUGGCAAUUGUUGCUAUGACUACACCAAUCACUGCAAACCAACCACAGCACCCUCAUGUCGUUACAACUGUGGCAGUAACCUGGAAAGCUGCUCCUGCUCAUCCUCUUGUCAAAACAAUGGCAACUGCUGCUCUGACUACACCUGUAAGUCCAAUGAAUGA